AUGGAAGAAAAGAAAAGGAAAAAAGACGAAACACUCAAAGACAACUCUCACAAAAAGGCCUCUGGUCAGAAAGCCAAAGUGCCGGAGUCUGCUCCCUCUAGUACCAGUCCCGGUUUACCCCGACACCAUCUCCACCCAACCAGCCUUGCAACUUUUUCCUCCUCGUCGCCUCCUUCUGGCGAUGGCAAGUCUGCCUUGUCCAGCCAGUCUAGCCAGUGCCAGUAUCAAACUCCCCCUUUGCCGCAGUGCCAGUUGUCCUCUGUCAGUGGUCGCUACCCACCUCGAGAGGUGCCCCCGCGCUUUCGGCAACAGGAGCAGAAGCAUCUACUGAAGAGAGGGCAGCCUCUGCCUCCUGGAGCUCUUGGCGUGCUCAGCAUCCCCCCAGUCUACUCUACAGACUGUACUAACUCUGCCACCACCUCUGCGGCCAAGCGGCUCACAGAUAUCUCACAGAACGGCGUGGAUACCCAGCAUGAGACAUCCCAUUGGGGAACAUAUUUGCCUGUUGACAGCUCCUUCAGUCCCAACAACUGGAAAAGAGUGAAUAUUGACGCCAGUGAUAAAGACUCUUGGCUCUCAAUCAGAGGCAGAAGUGACCCUUCUUCAGCAGAAUGCCCCUGGGGCUCAUCUUGUUCUGACCACAAUACCAGCGCCGGCACCACCACAGAGUGCAGUAGUUCCCAGAGCAUGGCCACAGGUGCUGCAGGCCAGCAGGCCCACUACCCCUCUCUGAAAUCAAACAACAAUAUGAUGACUGGACCUGUGUCUGCCAGUACCUUAAGUGGGAACAGGGGGUGGAGCUCAGAGGGAAAAUCAGAUGUGAUGAAUGGUGGUCGAAUGGGAAUGCCCAAUAACUGGGGAUCAUCCAAUUUUAAUUUAAACCUCAAUCCUAAUGCCAACCCUUCCGCAUGGCCUGUUCUUGGUCAUGAGGGCAGUGGAAGUAAUGGCCCCAAUGGGCUGCCCAACUCCUCAUCUCUUACCUCUGGUAUAAAGAGUAAUGGAAAUCUUGGAGGACCAGAUGUGAGUGGUGGUGGGUGGGCUGGCAUGAUGACUACAAAAGAGAUGGAUCAUCAGCACCCUUCGACCAACACUUGCUUAUCUUUUAAUAUGGAGCCUGUAAACCUUAAUUCUGACGGACCAAACCAUACAAAGCAACAACAACAAACUCAGGAGCCAAUGAGCCCUAUCCACGGGAUGACGGGGUGGGGAGGCCAGUCCCCAACAGAAUCAUCUCAGCUCAAUGGAGACACAACAGGCAGCUCAGUAUGGGGAGGUGGGGACUCUAAGGCAGCUGACUCCCCUAAAGACUCUGGCUGGGACUCCAAUCCAUCCGGAGCCCUAUCUUCUUGGGGCCGUCAAGGCAGUGGGGCAGGAAGUAAUGGAGGUAAUACAUGGGGGGACUGGGGAAAGUCCUCUGGAGGAGAUGCACCCAAAGGCUGGGACUCUAUUGAUGCUGCAAGUUCUGGUCCUGGACAAGAGCAGCCGCUGAGCUCCUGGGGCCAGCAGCCAGGGGAGGUCCUCAGUCAAUGCAGACUGGAUCAGAGUGGAAUGAUCCUCAGCCAAAAGCCCAAAACAGCACUAACAGUGGGUGGGGAGAUCCUAUGCCUGCCAGUGGUCCUAAAAGUGGAGGCUCCUCCUCUUGGGGGUCCGAAGAUAAGGGAAUGGGGAGAGCCAGAGGCCAAGAACAAUGGCAAUCCCAGUAGCAUGUGGGAGGGGGAGAAUGGAAAUGGUGGUAGUUCUGGGUGGAAGGACAGCCCUCGAGCAGGAAAUCGAGGUGGUGGCUGGGGUAAACAAGCUCCUCCAGUGAAUAAUAGUUGGGGAGAUGCAACACGUGCCAAUGGGGAAGUUCAGGGGAGCUGGGCCUCCUCCAAACCUCAGGAGAGCAGCAGUAGCAGCACCGGCAGUGGAGGUGGUGGUAGCAUUGGUUCUUGGGGUGGUCCUAGUUCUGUGAAGCAGAACAACUCAAACUGGAGUGAUGCCAAUAAAGCAGAUCAGGGCAUGGAGCCAACUGGCUGGGAAGAGCCUUCUCCUCCUUCCAUUCGAAGAAAGAUGGAGAUUGAUGAUGGAACGUCAACAUGGGGGGAUCCCAACGUGUAUGACAAGACUAAGACCGUCAACAUGUGGGAUCGCAACAAUCCCACUGGAACUCCUGGAAACAACAGUGGACCACCACCAAAUAAGAGCGGUGGAAUUCUACCCAACAAUAACAACCACACUGUGUCAAACGGCAGCCAUCAUCACAGUCAUCACAUGCAGCAUCAUCCUCAUCAUGGCCCACCCCCAACUCACAUCCAGCACCAUGGAAACAACAACGGCUCGCCCAACAGUGGAGUCUCUCACCCAGGAGCAGGCCCUCAAAGACCUCCUAUCGCCAACCCAGGAUGGGGCGAGCUCCCAAAUGUUCAGCCCAAGUCAGAGCCUGCUUGGGGGGAACCAGCUGCUCCAACUUCUGCUGUGGACAAUGGCACUUCUGCCUGGGGAAAGCCAUCAGGGGGAGUCGGAGGAUGGGGAGAUGGUGGACACGAGUCCUAUGGCAGGGCCAAUGUCCCCCCUGGUCCUGCGCCAUGCAAAUCAGGCCCUAAACCUAUGCAAGAUGGCUGGGGAAAUGGAGGAGAGGAAAUGAGUAUGUCAACCAGCCACUGGGACUCAGAGGAUGGAGAUAUGUGGAACAGUCCUACAUCACAGGAAAGCAAUUCAUCUUGCAACUCUUGGGGCAGAAAGGGUCCAAACAAGGGGAAGAUGGGUAACAAACCAGAUGAAGCUUGGAUCAUAACUCGUCUGGUCAAACAGCUGACUGACAUGGGAUUUCCGAGAGAUCCUGCAGAAGAGGCAUUAAAAAGUAACAACAUGAACCUUGAUCAGGCAAUGAGUGCCCUGUUGGAGAAAAAGACAGACCUGGACAAGCGAGGCAUGGGCCUUUCCGAUUACAGUAACAGCAUGAACAAAUCCCUGCUUUGCCGACCCUCGAUGCUCUCCAAAGACUCAUCUGAUCGCACUAACUUUCUGGACAAGGAUGGUGUUCUGUCAGAUGAUUCUCCUUCAUCACCAUUUCUGCCUUCUCCUGGCCUAAAGCUCCCUAUGGCCAACAGUAGCCUUUCAGGGCAGGGUCUGGGACAGGGCAGUCCAGGGCUGGCAAUGCAAAACUUGAACAACAGACAGAUAACAAGUGGAAUGUUUGGCAGCAGUGGAGCAGCACAAAGCCGGGCCAUGCAGCAGCAGCCUCCACAGCCAUCAGUGCCACCUCUCAGCUCCUCCCAGCCGAGUCUACGUGCUCAAGUGCCUCAGUUUCUCUCCCCUCAGGUCCAAGCACAGCUCUUGCAGUCUGCAGCAAAAAACAUUGGUCUGAAUCCUGCACUUUUAACCUCACCAAUAAAUCCUCAACAAAUGACCCUGUUGUACCAACUUCAGCAGCUGCAAAUGGCAUACCAGCGUUUACAAAUCCAGCAGCAGAUGAUGCAGGCACAACGCAAUGUUUCUGGCCCUAUUAGACAACAAGAGCAGCAAGUUGCACGUACAAUCACCAACAUGCAGCAGCAGAUCCAGCAGCACCAGCGUCAGCUGUACCAGGCGCUGCUCAUGAAGCAGCAACAACUUCCUACUCAUUCCUCCAACUCUUCCUCUGCUGGUCUGCACCCUCCAGGAGGCCCUCCUGGAGGUCCUGGAAAAUCAUCCAUGGACCCUUUCUCUGGCUCCCACCAUUCUUCGGGCCUUGCUGACACACUACACACCAAAGAGCCUCCAUCUUCUCCCAAUUCCUACAACACCUAUCCUCUCACUGGACUGACUCCGAACAUGAAUGUAAACUGCAUGGAGGUAGGGGGCCUGUCGCUGAAGGAGCCCCCUCAGCCUCAGUCCCGUCUAUCUCAAUGGACACACUCCAAUGCCAUGGAUAACCUUUCUGGCAAUAUCAGUAAUAUGGAGAGCAACCUCAAUAAACAUGGUGCCAUAACUGCUGUCUCCUCUCUGGGCCCUUCUCGGAAAGCCCCGCAACUGGAGGACUCCUACAGCCCUUACAGCCUAAUGUCCUCGACUGAGUCUCCUUCCAGCUCCCUGGUCACUGCAGACAGCUGGGGCCAGGGAAAGAGCCCAAAUGAAAAGAUAUCCAAUGGGAACAACAUAAACUGGCCUCCAGAGUUUUGCCCUGGUGUGCCAUGGAAGGGCCUUCAGAAUAUUGACCCUGAGAAUGACCCUAACAUGACGCCCGGCAGUGUCUCAACUGGUCCCACCAUCAACACGAACAUCCAUGAUGUCAAUCGAUACCUUUUACGAGACAGGAACGGGGGGAAACUCUCUGACAUGAAGUCCACUUGGUCUCCAGGGCCCAUCUCCCAAAGUCAAGGCUCUCUGUCCCAUGAGCUGUGGAAGGUUCCUCCAGGGCCUCGUAGCACCAUAGCUCCUUCUCGGCCACCGCCUGGCCUCACCAACACUAAAACUUCCACUUGGGGCGGCAACUCCCUGGGACUGACCCAGGGCUGGAGUAACUCUUACACGUCUGAAGGAACCACUUGGAGCACAGACAGCAGCAGCAGAACCAGCAGCUGGCUGGUGCUGAGGAACCUCACCCCGCAAAUUGAUGGUUCAACUCUGCGGACUCUGUGCAUGCAGCAUGGUCCCCUGAUUACAUUCCACCUCAAUCUUACCCAGGGCAAUGCUGUGGUCCGCUACAGCUCAAAAGAUGAGGCUGCAAAGGCUCAGAAGUCUCUGCAUAUGUGUGUACUUGGAAACACCACCAUUCUGGCAGAGUUUGCUGGUGAGGAGGAGGUGAACCGCUUCUUUGCACAAGGCCAGUCACUUGGGUCCAACACCACUAGCUGGCAGGCCAACCAGGGAACCAAUCAAAACCGAAUGGGAGGGGCAACACAGUCUCACACAAUUGAUCAGUGGAGCAGCGGCGGCAACGGAGCAGUGGGCAGCGGCGGUGCUAAGAACGGCAGCGGUGACCUGCUGUGGGGAGGUGUUCCCCAAUACUCCAGUUUAUGGGGGCCUUCAAGUGGAGAUGACACCCGUGUGAUCGGCAGCCCCACUCCCAUCAACACGCUGCUGCCUGGAGAUCUGCUGAGUGGAGAGUCCAUGUAG